CAGUGGUACUUCCGGUCCCUUGAGAGCCUGGCUUAGUUGAGAAACAGGCAAGAAUAUCAAGGCUACAUGCUAACUAGCUAGCCAAAUUGAUCAUAAUUGUAAGAUAGACAAAUAUAGCAAAAUAUCGCAGAUCGUUGUCAAGUCUUGACGUCGAUGUGUUAAGCUCUGUAUUAAUUAUUCACUAAAAUGUCAACCCCAGCAAGACGACGUUUAAUGAGAGAUUUUAAACGACUUCAAGAGGAUCCUCCAGCUGGAGUAAGCGGAGCCCCGUCAGAAAAUAAUAUCAUGGUCUGGAAUGCAGUCAUUUUUGGGCCAGAAGGGACACCUUUUGAAGACGGAACAUUCAAACUCACAAUAGAAUUUACAGAAGAAUACCCAAACAAGCCCCCCACAGUUCGUUUUGUCUCAAAAAUGUUUCAUCCAAAUGUAUAUGCAGAUGGUAGUAUAUGUUUGGACAUUCUUCAGAACCGCUGGAGUCCCACCUAUGAUGUAUCUUCAAUCUUAACCUCUAUACAGUCUCUACUGGAUGAACCAAACCCUAACAGUCCAGCCAACAGCCAGGCAGCUCAACUGUACCAGGAGAACAAGCGAGAAUACGAGAAGCGUGUGUCAGCCAUUGUAGAACAGAGCUGGCGAGAUUGUUGACCCCUUUGACUGUUCACCAAGUAUGAACAAUACCCAGCCUCGAUAGUCAAGAGGGAAAAAAAUCAGUCUCGCUCAAGAAUAAAAAUAAAUACACAUCAUGUUUUGAAAUCUACUCCUCUUACUCAGUAGAAUUGUCUGUUCCUUAGCUGUUUGCAAGGUUAGAGUGCUGUUGUGUUGUGAUCCCCCCCCAUGCAGGACCCUCUCCCCCAAAGGCACAUUUAUACUAAAUUAAAUGUACCAUGUUGUGCCUGGGUUACUUGCAACACAUUCUUUUCUUGUUGACCUACACCCCUUAAAUUGGAGAUGGUCUUUUUUGCCAUGUUUUACUCAGAGUUUGCCCCCUUAGGUGCAAGUUGAGUGCUUUUUGAGUGUUAACAAGAGUUGUUUGCAUUGCAGUUUGGUGUAUGGAGUCAUAUUUUGAUUGGAUAUUCUUGUGCCCAAAUUCAGUGAAUAAGUAUCACACAAGCUUUUUGUUUUAUUUACCCCUUCUCACUGAUUUGUAUCUAAGCUUAAUUAUGUGGAAUUGUUAAGAAACUGAAUUUAGUUCAGGCAGACAGUUCAGUGCCUGAUCUAAUAGUUGUAUUUGACAUCCAUCGUACAAUUAGGACUAGUGGUGGAGUUGGUAUACAUUCAUCUAUAAGGUCAAAAUUGUGAUGUGCAUUCUGAUUAAGAGUAUUUACAAAAGCAUAUCUUCAACUCCCUGCUAGAAAGGAGGUCUUGUGUUUGAUCAGUGUAAUUACCUUGGAUGCAGUUUUUAAGGGGAAACUGUUCAGAAGUUGUGCAUAAAUCGUGCCACUAGUUUUGGACUCAGAAUGUAUCGAAAUGGCACUGAAGAUCACGUCAAUACACUGUCCUAUACCCUGUUGCUACCUGGUUGCAUGGUUUACUUGCGCACCUUUCUGGUUUGAUUUUAAGUGCCGUUUACUUCUCAAUCCCACAUGGAGUUUCUAACCCAACAGCCUGGGCAUGACACUCUUGUGUGCUUGUCUUCUAAUGCAGUGUCUGUUUCCAAUCAUCUGGGUGAACAUUUUUUCUAAUGCACAUCAAAUUUCAGAGUGUCAAAUUUGCACUAGUAACCCAUGUAAGAAACUGUACAUUUUCUCACUUCUUGUAAAUAAACAGUAAAAUCAAA